CGUUAGCCGAUAAGGAUACUUGAGAAAAUAAUAAUGAUAGAGAAUUGGCAUCUCCAAUUCAUCUCAUCUUAUCUUAUUUGUUUUUGUGGGAUUUUCUACGAUGUCCAGUCCACAUGUAAAUCCCAAGCUGACCCAGACAAAGCUCUCCGCAUUCUAUCUAUUUCCUGAGUCAAAGAAGAGGCCUGCAUCCACCUCCGCAAAAACAGGCUCUCCAACUGACUCCGAGCAGGAGAGUCGCGACGUGAGCGACCAGCCAUCAGAAACUGCGACAGAGAUAGGUUAUUCAGACGAGUGGCCAGAUUCAGAACCAUCACAGUCUCGUAUCCGUCCCAAAAGAAAACGGCCUCCAGAAGUCGUACGACGGCGCAAGAUGCUGUCACAGAUAGCGCAAGAGACAAGAAAGAUUCUUCCAAAAAUUCUUCAGGCAAUACCUCAUGCGCCACCUAAGGGCUACCUAUAUACCCCUCCAUUGCCACCUGUUCUCGACAAGAAGUUUUGUCCGGGUUUCCUCCCUGCUGAGGUCAAAGUCGUAGAUGCGGAUUCAUUUGACACUGCUAUCAAUCUGGCCAAUUGCAGCCAGUACAUGACAGUACGAGACAGACGGCAUGUGUGUGUACUCAACAUGGCAAAUGCAUACAGUGCCGGAGGAGGCUGGCUCAAUGGGGCUCUCGCCCAAGAAGAGGCGCUCUGCUACCGGAGCAGUCUCAGUUUUACAUUGAAAUUGAGAUAUUAUCCCCUUGAUGAUAACCAAGCAAUAUAUUCUCCGACUGUUGUUAUUAUUCGCAACAGUAUCAACGACGGUCAUAAACUUUUGGAUCUGACGAAGCCUGAUGAGCUUCCGAUCGUGAGCGUCAUCAGCAUAGCUGCGCUAUGUCAACCCGCGUUGGUGACGAGCGGAACAUUGCCUAAAUACAAAAACGCCAAAGAUAGAGAUUUGAUGAAGGAGAAGAUGCGCAUUAUCCUUCGUAUUGCAGCCUUCAACGGGCAUCGGAGGCUGGUCCUGGGUGCCUUUGGUUGCGGGGCCUUUCUCAAUCCGAGGGAUGAAGUCGCAGACUGCUGGGCAGAGGUCUUGAAGGAAAAUGAGUUCCAAGGUGGGUGGUGGGAGAGUAUCGUCUUCGCAGUCAUGGACGAUCUAGGGGCAGGUAAAAACGGCGACGGUAAUUUCGGCGUUUUCUAUCGGAAGUUACACGGGGUCAUGAUCUGAAUUGGACGAUUGCAUGAUCAAACUACUGGUUACAUCCUAAAUUGGAUGCUCAACUCAUGAAGAUAACCAGAUCCUUAUUCCAAGUUACAUAGAAGUUUAUACAUACAGUGCUCCUAACGACGACCUUCUGAUUAUAGAACGCAGCUAUUUAGUAAGACGUGUUGAUCGUCUUCUCCCUGCAGAUUGCUCCUUGGCCUUCUUGGCUGGUUUAUCUUCCACCUCUUCUUUUUUCACGGUCGCUUUACUGCGGCCAUUUGUGGCUCUUUUCUUUGCCGGAGCGCUAUCCUCCACUGCCUCAGAAUCACUCUCUUCCUUCAACGCAGCUGGACGCUUCUUGUCUUC